AAAAAAACUUUUUUUUGUUCAAGCAACUUUAUUGAUCUCUCUCUCUCUCUCUCUAGAUUUUUGGAGGAGUUUUUGUUCUUGCUGUCUAUUUCUCUCUCUCUCCCUCUAUUUUUUUUUGGAGAGAGAAACAAGGUUUGAUUUGGAGAUUGAUGGGUUUACUAAUAGUGGAUGAUGAUAACGACGGCGGCGAGGUUUUGAUUCCGCCGAAGAAUUUCUCGAUGGUGGAAGACGGAAUAUACCGAUCUGGGUUUCCUCAGCUCGAGAAUUUCGGUUUCUUAUCAACACUCAAUCUUAAAUGCAUCAUUUAUCUGUGUCCUGAACCAUACCCUGAGGACAAUCUCAAGUCUCUUGAGUCUAACAAUAUCAAGCUUUUUCAGUUCGGUAUCCAAGGCAAAACGGAUCCUCCAACUCCUAUGCCAAAGGAUACAGUCUUGAGUGCUCUUAGAGUACUUGUUGAUGUUAGAAACCAUCCAAUUCUCAUCCACUGUAAGCAAGGAAAGCAUAGGACAGGUUGUCUUGUGGGAUGUUUGAGGAAAGUGCAGAACUGGUGCUUAUCCUCUGUUCUUGAGGAAUACCAGAAGUGUGCGGGCUUGAAAUGGAGGCAAAGAGAUUUAAGGUUCAUUGAGGAUUUCGAUGUGCACGGAUUAAAGCAAUGCCUAUACAGCAUAAUCUACCAGUACAAUGGAUAUGGUCUCAAGAGGAGAAAGUUGCUGUAUCAAGAAGAGAAUGUUGUCCAGGAACAGCAUAAACCUCAAGCUACCAAAGGGUGA